CAAUUCUCCUUUGAUCUUCCGUCCUUUGUGUGAAAGGGAAGUGAUACAUCGUUUUCUCGGAAGGGAAUUCGCGCUGCGUGAGUCGCCCUAUUUCCAUGUUCUUCUCUCUCCGUGUUCCAGCUUUUUCGGUUCUUUGUAUCAGCCUGGAUACAUUCUGGAAUUCUGCACCCUUCAGCUGCGAUACCUCGCGUCAGCAGAGUCUCACUCAUUUGCUACAUUCUUUAAUUGCCAUCCGUGGUUCCCCUCUCUUUUUUGUACCACAUCUUCCCCCCCAAGCGGGCUACUCAUUGCGAUCCGGUCGCCGUUGGAGAAUUCACCUCUGGGCUAACAUUUUCUUUUCUAUCAUCAUCAGUCUGAUAUAGACCCAACAAUCAGAAACUACACUUUCGUUCUAUCCCCGAAUACUUGAAUCGACCACCGCCAAAAUGGGUUGUGGAAUGAGUACUGAAGACAAGGAGGGCAAGGCCCGCAACGAGGAGAUUGAGAACCAGCUCAAGCGGGAUAAGAUGAUGCAGAGAAAUGAGAUUAAGAUGCUUUUGCUCGGUGCCGGAGAGUCUGGCAAGUCGACAAUUCUGAAGCAGAUGAAACUCAUUCACGAGGGCGGUUACUCGCGCGAUGAGCGAGAAUCAUUCAAGGAAAUCAUCUACAGCAACACUGUCCAGUCGAUGCGCGUUAUCUUGGAGGCCAUGGAGUCGCUCGAACUUCCCCUGGAGGACGCUCGUCACGAAUACCACGUCCAAACCAUCUUUAUGCAGCCCGCUCAGAUUGAGGGUGACAGCCUUCCCCCGGAAGUUGGUGGUGCUAUCGGAGCCUUGUGGCGCGACACCGGUGUGCAGGAGUGCUUCAAGCGGUCGCGUGAAUACCAAUUGAACGACUCCGCCAAAUACUACUUCGAUGCUAUUGAACGUAUUGCCCAGCCCGACUACCUCCCCACCGAUCAGGAUGUCCUCCGCUCUCGUGUCAAGACCACUGGUAUCACUGAAACUACCUUCAUCAUUGGCGACUUGACCUACCGGAUGUUCGACGUUGGUGGUCAGCGAUCGGAGCGAAAGAAGUGGAUUCACUGCUUCGAGAACGUCACAACUAUUCUUUUCUUGGUCGCCAUCUCCGAAUACGAUCAGCUGCUGUUCGAAGACGAGACCGUCAACCGUAUGCAAGAAGCCCUCACUCUGUUCGACUCGAUCUGCAACUCCCGAUGGUUCGUCAAGACCUCCAUCAUUCUGUUCCUCAACAAGAUCGAUCGCUUCAAGGAGAAGCUGCCUGUCAGCCCCAUGAAGAACUACUUCCCCGACUAUGAAGGCGGUGCCGACUACGCCGCCGCUUGCGACUACAUUCUCAACCGCUUCGUUUCUCUGAACCAGGCAGAGCAGAAGCAGAUCUACACCCACUUCACCUGUGCCACUGAUACCACACAGAUUCGGUUCGUUAUGGCUGCAGUAAACGAUAUCAUCAUCCAAGAGAACCUCAGACUCUGUGGUUUGAUUUAAUGACCAUGUGAUGGAGUGAGGACGUCUCAACAUUUAGACCGUACGCUAUGUGGCUUGUAAUCUGACAUCAGUGACUUCUCUUGUGUUUUGGAUGCGCUUCUUUUCUGUCAUACCUUGUCGCGACUUUUCAUCUGUUUUAAAGACCCUGGCGUUGAGACAUUCUUUUCCUUAUCUCUUUUACUAAUCUUCCC